UAUUUUUGCUGCCAACAGCAGUAUGUUCAUGUGUGGUGUGUGUGUUUUCGUUGCAUUUAUGUCGGGCGCGAGCCUUUGCCGUUCGUUACACGGUUGACUCACCUGUCUACGUCACACAAAUAUUCAGCAGGAAUACAUUGUACUGUUGUACAGCAUUUACAGCAGUACUUUACCGCACCUGAGCAGGCUUGCAUGUGCGAUGUCUCUCUGUGCAAUGUCCAACCUUAACUUUGAGUUGAAGCGAAAGAUGCGGGAGGUGUGGGUGCAGAUUCGUAAAGGUUGGUACGGGGACAAGGAAUGGCCAGGCCAGGAGGGGAGGUGGAAGGCAGCCGAUUGUUCGAAGGUGGUUGACCACGCCAUUGGAGAGAUGAAUAAGUGGGUCAAGGACCGUGAUGGAGUGCUUUCUGGUACGAUAGGCAGCCUCGAAAAGCCGGACGGGUACGAUACAGAUGAUGUGUCGCCCGUGGGUGAUGUCGAGGAAGGGGUAGGGGAGCAGAUCCAGCAGGAAAGCGCAGAAUGGGGUGAUGGCAGCGACGAGGUUGAACCAUGA